GAGGAGGGCAAUCCCUGCUUUUAUUUUUCUUUCCAGACGGCCACAGUUGAGCACAAAAACAAACUUGAACCAGACGAGCAGUGGGUCAACACUUACACUCCUGUCCUCGUCUGAAGUGGAGCAACUGAAGACAUUCAACUGAAGAGAUUUUAUUCUUUUAAUUUUUCCAUUGUUGAAAAAAAGGGAAGGGCUCUGCCAAGAAAAAAAAAACAACCAUUUGGAAAUGAAGUUAUGCGUCAGUGAAUGCGCAAUUUACGCACAGGGCGCACCAUGAAACUUUAAGAUGUUGGAUCGCCUCGCCAUUGUUGUUGUUCACGUGCUAGGCUUGAUUUCCUUUGUUGCUGUCAGUUUUUCAGAACUCACUGUAGCCAUGUGUCGUGGCUAAAAACUUAAAGCGCUCACAAAAGCAGAGGAGGAAAGCCCGAGACAGCAUGGGGGCCAAACAGAGCAGCCCAGUAUUUGAUGGCAGAACUCGGGCUUAUUCCAGCUCUGAUCUCCCAUCUGGUAACUCCAGCGGAGGGGAAAGGAUUGCGGGGUUUAGGUACACCAAUGGACCAGAUGGGCCACGGAUCCGUUACACAGGUGGAGGGCCAACCAGCUCCGGGCGCAGUAUCCCGGCCGGUGGCAGGUCAGGGUCGCACGGACUCAAUCAGAGCCUCGAUGGCACGGAUGGUGACGAGGAGAGCGAGCAGCCUCCUGAGGGCCACAGGUUGCUUAUAGGGUCCCUACCGGCUCACCUGUCCCCUCGCCUACUGGGAGGCUUCCACUGUCCUGUUUGCUCCAAGUUUAUGGCAUCAGAUGAAAUAGAGAAGCACCUGCUCAUGUGUUUCAGCAAAACAUGCCUCACCUACAACAAGGACAUCCUGUCCAGAGACUCUGGGGAAUGUGCCAUCUGUUUAGACGAGCUGGAGCAGGGAGACACAAUUGCCAGGCUGCCCUGCCUCUGUAUCUACCAUAAAGGGUGUAUAGACGAGUGGUUUGAGGUGAAUCGCUCGUGUCCAGAGCAUCCUGCCGACUAGGAGCUGCAGGAGUACAGUUUCAGUCUACUGUACAUCACUGUGGUCGACUGUGUGCCCUGACACUGGCCGUUCCAGCCGAGCAUCAGCGCUCCUCAGGGAUUGUAAGACAUUAAUGUGCACAGGAUUUUUUUUGAUGUACUUUGGAUAUGUUUCUCCAGACGUCAUGGGAUGUUCAAAGAACCACUGGUGGAGUCAGUUUGUCUCCAGAAAAUAUGUGAAUGUUCCUUAUGCCACCUGCUGGCCUAAAGUGGGUUCAUGCAACCUGGGAUCUGAACUGAACUGAACUGUAGUUGUUGCUGAACAGGGUGUGGUUUUAUGGCACAGGACUUGUAUAUGCCAACAUGGUGGGAGAAUUCACUUCUCUUUUCAGCAGAGAUUGAGGUUGAGAGACUGUUCAGAAUUUAUCAGAAGGCUGUAGGCCGAUAUUGUGCUAUGUGAAAAACAGCCUUUUGGAAUUAAAAAUGCCUUUUUUCAGCUUUAAGGGAUGAUUACAGUGUUGAUGGUAGUUAGGAAAUAGAUCUUAAUUUUAUUGUGAAAUUGGCGAAAUUGUUUUGUGUUAAACAAUCAUGUGUCCUAGACCAAAUAGUUUAAUGUGAAGUAGUUGGACUUUGUCAAUCAUUUGUCCAUUGAGAACCUCAGUAAUGUGAUUGUGUGGUUUAGUGGUGUAAUUAAAGAUAGGCUAAAACAUAUCUAAUAAUGAUUCAUACUCUAAGGAGUGCCAUAAUGUGCUGCUAUGUCAUAGACUGGAAUGUUUUUCUGUAACCUUUGAACCUUUGUUUAUUGUACGUUCUAUGUGAACUGUAAUGAAUUGCACAACAAUAAAUGUUUUGUCUUUAUGUCUCUGUACGGCAUACAAACUAUUA